UCUGUUUUCUCUGGUCAUAGCACCAAUUUAAAUAAUGUGUGUCGUGUGUGUGUCUCAGGACGUGGAGCUGAUGAACAAUGUGCAGAAGGCGAUCCUGGAGAUUCAGGGCGAGUGUGAGAAGCUGCAUGAAACCACCAGAAGUCUGACUGACGACAGCAGACAGAAACAAAGCCACAUAGAGGAGCUCUUCAAGACGACGGAGAAGCUGGAGGAGAAGAAGGCCGACAAGCAGAUGGUCGAGAGUGGAAUCGUAAGUAACUCACUAAAAGGGGCCAGAGGGCAAGUUAGAAGGUGAAGUCAGACACACACACACACACAC